CAAUAGCACUAAGUGACACUAGAGCGCCGUGGACUCCACGGUGCAAUAGAUUUUUCCAGUUUUAAAACUAAAAAAAAAAAAAUGCAAGCUUUAAUAUUAGUUCUCGUAUUUUCCCCCUUAUUUUUGUUAGCUAAGUGUAGUGAAGAGGAUGAUUUAUAUCUUUCUCCAGAUUUCACGUCCAUCGAUCGAUCUAAUUAUGUUGAUCCUCAUGACAUGUUAAAUUAUAAUCCAAAGGAAAUCCAGAAGGAAAAAGGGCUAUUAAAAACAUCCCGUGAUGAAAACAUACCUCAAAGCCUGACAACACCCGGUCAAACCGUUGAAAGUAGGGAUAGGAUUGAGGAAGGAGGCGUUCCAAACCAGGUGGACAUCUCUGAAAAAGCAAUUAAUAAAUCCAUGCCAGAGUUUCUAAACCAUAAACCAGCAAACUGCUCAUCACAUCCAAAAAACACAACUCUGGAUAUACCUUUUCUUGGUCGUUUUGUAAAAGUUUUAUCUACUGUGUUACAGUUGAAGGAAAAACAUAUUGAAGAUGGUGAUGUUCUGUAUAUACCACUGUUCGCAGUUGUCAAUACAAGAACCCAAUUUGUCCUCAAUGAGGUAACAAAGGAAGGAGAAGAGAUCCAACUGAAAAAUUUGGCUGAUUUAGAUGAAAUUCUUACCAAGCCUUCUCCUUCCAAGCAAGGAUAAGCUAGAAUGUGAGCCUAAUCCAUCAUUUGUUGAAAUGAUUUUCACCAAUGGCCUUCUUCAGCCCAAGGAUUGGGUGGUGGGGAUGUUUGUUGCAUGCCUUUGGUUUGUUUUCUGGCUUACUGUCAAAGGCUAUUCAUACUCAGACAUCCUUUCUCGAUCGUUUUUGCCAUUUUUCAUGGUAUGCUGGCUCUGGCAUUGGAACUACAUGCAUCAGAUGGCUUCAUCAAAACGAUACUCUGAUAAGUCGAAGAACAAGGAUAUUCCUGCUUCUUGUGACCCUAAACAACUUGGUAUAUUGGAAAGCUUUAAACUAAGGUUCGACGCAUUUUGGGGAUAUCCGGAUCCCUGUGAAGAAUAUCACAGAGUAUUGCUGACCGAUCCAAGCUUUGAAGUGAAUCCUUUUACAGUUCUCUGGGACAUGCUUGUAGUCGGAAUACUUCAUCCGUUAGGAUACAUCGGCCACAAAAUCGGAAGCUUUUUCAACGAAGUUCUUAAUUCGGCAACAGUGUUCCAAAAAAUUCCCGUGCUCGUGGGUGUUCUCUUUGUAGUGUUUUUAAUUCUCGUAAUGAGCUUUCGAUAUGAAAUCCAUUUACCAUUGUUUAAAAUUCGUCCAUCGCCACCGGUGUCCAUUCCUCGGUCAGGAGCUAUCCAAGACUUAAUGGAUGGAUCUGCGACUGGCGACGCCACGCAUCAACAUCUUCAUCGUGAACGGUGCAUUUUAACUAGACAGUCUUACUCUCAAGUUCAAGCUAUCGAAGAACGGGUGCAGGCUCCUGUCGAAGAUGAUGCAGAGUUUUCUCCCGUUUCUAUGUCGCCAGCAGUCAUCAAAGAGCUCGGAGGUAUCCUACCUUUUAACGAAACCGAGAGUGAAAGUGAGAGCGAGUUAGACUCAAGCAUAGAAGUGCUGAUGGAUGAACGACAACUAGAGGAGUGCUCACAAGGCAUAAAACAAAAUUUGCAAAGUGAGAGUUUUUCAACAGUAGUAGACACAACUCCCAAAGAUAUACUGUAAGUUGUGGCUCCGCUUAUUGUACAAAUGGAUGUUUUUAAUUAGUGAUUGUCGCCGUUGUCUCUUUUAAAGACUGAUAAAAACAAAUCUAAAAAAUGCCAACAAAAUUAUCUUUGCAAUUCGCUUCAUGAAAUAUAUUCUUCUGCCUUUUCAGAUGUAAA